AUGUCGCAAUCUUUCGUUCGAUCGAGCACCAGUAUCCCAGCAAACACCUCUGUGACCGAGAAGCGAACGGUGAUCACCACAUCCAGCAGUCUCAGCAGUGGCGGUUUUGGCAAUUCUGGCAUCGACGAUGACGACAUCGGCUACUACCGGUCCAGCAUCACCCCGAGGCAGACAUCGAUCACCAGAACUGUACUGCCGACUUCCCCCAUGCGCACCACACGCUCCGUGGAGAUAUCUUCCAUGUUCAACCCCAUUGGCAGCGCCAGUGUUGCCACCACCGGGGUGAUCAGCUUCAAGAGCACCCGCGAGAAGGAGAAGAAAGACCUGCAAGACCUCAACGAAAGAUUCGCCAACUACAUCGAGAAGGUUCGUUUCCUGGAAGCGCAGAACAAGAAGCUGGCCUCUGAGCUGGAGCAGUUGAGAUCGCACUGGGGUAAGGAGACCAGUAAGGUUAAGCUGAUGUAUGAGACGGAACUCACCGAAGCUCGGAAGUUGAUUGAUGAUACCAACAAAGAGAAAUCCCGACUGCAGCUUCGAGUUGGGCAGCUGGAGGAACAGCUUAAUGACGUCAUGAGACA